AAGUGUUACCAGUAUUGCGUACAUAAAAGAGGUAGUGAAGCUGCCAGGAGCACUUACCGAGCAUUUUAGGAAAAGAAAAGUCCACCAGGAUCCAAAACCGGGUUUCACAGCGAGAUUAUAACCUUCCACAGAAUAAAAGAUGGCGCAGUGGUGCCAGCUGCAGAUGCUGGAAUGUAAGUACCUGGAGCAGGUGGACCAGCUGUACGAUGACUCUUUCCCCAUGGACAUCCGACAGUACCUGAGCAGGUGGAUCGAGAGCAUCGACUGGGACACGGUAGCCGUACAGGACUCGCUGGCCACCAUCCGGUUCCAUGACCUGCUAGCUCAGCUGGACGACCAGCACAGCCGCUUCGCUCUGGAGAGCAACUUCCUGCAGCAGCACAACUUCCGCAAGAUCAAGAGGAACCUGCAGGAUCGGUUUCAGGAGGAUCCUGUUACCAUGGCCAUGAUCAUCUCCAGAAACCUGAAGGAGGAGCAGAAGAUCUUGGCCUGUGCAAAAGAGGCAGAGCAGGAAGGAGAAGGAACGGUGUCGGCCAUGGUGGUGGAGAAACAAAAGCUCGAUAACAAAGUGAAGGACCUGAAAGAUAAAGUCCAGUUCCUCGAUCAGCUGCUGAAGAACCUGGAGGACCUGCAGGAUGAGUACGACUUCAAAAUGAACACGUUGAAGAACAGAGAGAACGAGCUGAACGGCAUCUCGGUGAAGGAGCUGGAGAGAGAGAAGUUUAACACGGCCCGGAUGUGCAUCGAGCUGAAGCAGAAACGUCAUGAUGUGGUGUCCUUUCUGACCGAACUGCUGAACCUCACUCAGAGCUUAAUACAAGACCUGAUCUCUGAGGAGCUGCCUGAGUGGAAGCAGCGGCAGCAGAUCGCGUGCAUCGGCGGCCCGCCCAACGCCUGCAUGGACCAGCUGCAGAACUGGUUCACCGCCGUAGCUGAGGCUCUGCAGCAGGCCCGGCAGCACCUGAAGAAGAUGCUGGAGCUAGAGCAGAAGUUCACGUACGAAAACGACCCCAUCUCACAGAAGAAGACUCACCUGGAGAACCGAGCUCUGGAGCUCCUCAAGAACCUUCUCUCCAACUCUUUGGUUGUAGAGAGGCAGCCCUGCAUGCCCACCCACCCACAGAGGCCCCUGGUGCUGAAAACAGGCGUCCAGUUCACCGUGAAGCUCCGGUUUCUGGUGAAGCUUCAGGAAUUCAACUACCAGCUCAAAGUCAAAGCUGUGUUUGAUAAGGACGUCACAGAGAAGAAAGGGUUCCGGAAGUUCAACAUCCUGGGGACAAACACCAAGGUGAUGAACAUGGAGGAGUCCAACGGCAGCCUGGCGGCAGAGUUCAGACAUCUGCAACUGAAAGAGCAGAAGUUGGCGGGCAACAGAACCAACGAGGGUCCCCUGAUCGUAACCGAGGAGCUUCACUCCCUCAGCUUUGAGUCAGAACUGCACUUAAACCAGUCUGGACUCUACAUCAAACUGGAGGCCAUGGCGCUGCCCCUUGUUGUCAUCUCCAACGUCUGCCAGCUGCCCAGCGGCUGGGCCUCCAUGCUCUGGUACAACAUGCUCACCACUGAGCCCAAAAACCUCAAGUUCUUCCUCUCCCCUCCGGCCGCCAAGUGGUCCCAGCUGUCCGAGGUCCUCAGCUGGCAGUUCUCAUCCGUCACCAAGCGAGGCCUGAACCAGGAGCAGCUCAACAUGCUGGCAGACAAGCUGCUGGGAGCCAAAGCUCAGAGGAAUCCAGACGGGUUUAUCCCCUGGACCAAGUUCUGCAAGCAGAGUGCCAAUGAGAAGUCCUUCCCCUUCUGGCUGUGGAUCGAGGGAAUCUUGGACCUGAUCAAGAGACACCUGCUGUGCCUGUGGAACGACGGCUGCAUCAUGGGCUUCAUCAGUAAGGAGAGGGAGAAGGGCCUGCUGAGCAACAAGUGUCCCGGGACAUUCCUGCUGAGGUUCAGCGAGAGCAGCAAGGAGGGAGCCAUCACCUUCACCUGGAUCGAGCACGACGUUCACGACAAGCCCGUUUAUCACUCCGUGGAGCCGUACACAAAGAAGGAGCUGUCUGCCGUGUCCCUGCCGGACAUCAUUCGCACAUACAAGGUGAUGGCUGUGGAGAACAUCCCGGAGAACCCGCUGCGCUUCCUGUACCCCGACAUCCCCAAAGACAAGGCCUUUGGGAAGUACUACCCCAAACCCUCAGAGACUGAAGAGCCGAUGGACUUGGAGAACACGGAGAAGACGGGUUACAUGAAGACGGAGCUCAUAUCUAUCUCAGAAGUGGAACCCAUAUUUGCUACUCCUGAUUGGUUGCAUCGGCAAUCCCUGUGGACUGAUAGACCUCCAUCCAGACUGCAGGACAACAUGAUGCCCAUGUCUCCUGACGACUACAAGGUUUUGGAGCGCUACGUCAGCCCCCGAGACCUCGACGCAGUGACGGAUCUACAGGAUUUGUGUUGCCAGGAGCUGACCAACAGCUUUGAGACUUCCUUUUUUUCUUGAAGCGUUGUAGACAUGAGUUCAGACUUUCAGGAUCAAAACUGAGGACGUCUCUGUUUCUGUCUGACAUCUGUGAGCCCCACGUCCCUCCUCCUGGUUCUGGUUCUGCCCGUCCCGUUUGCUCCCAGUGCCUUCAUCACGUUGGACUUUCUUUAGUUAGUGGAACUUAUCUUAUCACUCUGCUGAAGCUGAGGAAAACUCUCCAUAUUUACCUGUGUUUAUGAAAUGUGACUCCAUGCCUUGGUGGGCUCUAAAUGUUUGCCUCUGAGGUUCAGGACUGUGCUCAAGUGUUGUGAUUGAAUUAUUUAUCUUUAUAUGAAGAUAUACUGAGCAAAAAUAAACCCUUUUUUAUGUAACAAA